CCAGGAAUUGGCCUCCCUAUAAAAGGGCCUUCGGUCGGCUCCUCUCACGGAGGCGGGGAGAGCAGGGGGGACUAUGGACUUCAUUAGUAUCCGGCAGUUGGUGAGUGAAGAGAGAGAUGAAGGGAAAGUGUUGGGGUUUGGACACGCAGCUCGAAAUCCCAGGGGUCAGCCUCGUGACUGGAGGCUGGGCCCCCUCGAGGCCGUGGCCCGGGAGAAGCUGAAACAGGAAGAAGAGAGGAUGAAGAGACUGGAAAAAUUCAACAGCUCCAGAAUAAAUCUGGAGAAAGUGGAAGACUUAGAAAACUUGGUUCAAAGACGAAGAGAAAAGCGACUAAGACGCAGACCCCCCCACAGGGAACCCGAGCCCGAGGCUGAGCCACAGCCCCAGGCCCAGCUGGGACCUGUGGACCUGGACACAUUCCUCAAGGCAGCGGCUGAGAACCAGGAGUCCCUGGUGGACAAGUACCUGGCAGACGGAGGGGACUCCAGUGCCCAUGACAAGCUGCACCGCACGGCCUUGCACUGGGCCUGCCUGAAGGGUCACGGCCAGCUGGUGAGCAAGCUGCUGGCAGCUGGAGCCGCGGUGGAUGCACGUGACCUGCUGGACAGGACCCCCCUGUUCUGGGCUUGCCGGGGAGGCCACCUGGACAUUCUCAAGCAGCUGCUCAACCAGGGAGCCCAGGUCAACGCCCGGGACAAGAUCUGGAGCACCCCCCUCCACGUGGCAGUGCGCAUGGGCCACUCUGACUGCCUGGAGCACCUCGUGGAGUGUGGCGCCUGCAUCGACGCACAGGACAAGGAAGGGGACACAGCUCUCCACGAAGCUGUACGCCAUGGCCACUAUAGAGCCAUGAAGCUGCUACUGCUAUAUGGCGCCAAGCUGGGCGUGCAGAAUGUGGCCUCCCUGACCCCAGUGCAACUGGCCUGCGAUUGGCAGCGGGGCAUCCGGGAAGCGCUGCAGGCCCAUGUCAGGCACCCCCGCACCCGAUGCUGACAACGUGGACCCGUGGGAUCACUCAGGCGUCACUAGAGCCCCCAGGGCUUGUGGCACUGCACCCUGUGGACCCUGGCCUCAGUCCUGUUCCUCUUGGGCCCAAGGCAGCCCCAUGAGAGCCGGCAGGUGAAGGGAAGGUGCCUGCUAUGUAAGGCACUGUACCCCUGCUUGGCUGGGGCUGGCAUGGGCUGAUACAGGGACCACAGGCAGCAGGUGGCAAAGUGGGUCCAGAGAGAGCCAGACAUGGAGCAGGAGAAGGGCUGGGGCGGAAGUGAGCCAGCUGGGGCAGAGAACCAGACCUCCUCAACGUCCCAUCAGCCUCAGCAUGGGAGACUGGUUUGUGGAAGGGAGGGCCUGGUCUCUUGCAGUGAUGCAGAAGUGGCCAGCAGCUGUGUGCCAGAUACCUGAGAAGCCAGCGGCAGGCCAGGCUGGUACCAACACUGGUGUGGCCACUGUGGCCCCAGGUGGGUCUCCCUCCAGACCUGCUGGCAGCAACCCUGAUGGGUCUGGAGUGGCACUGGUCCUAGGUACUUAUAUGGGGGUCUGGGGUCUGCAAGGUCCUCAGCAGGCCUGAGGCCCAUGAGACAGAUGCCAGAAACUUCCAGGUUGCCUCAGAGGCCUAGGACUGAUGAGCUAAGGCCAGCAUCUGCCUGGGGAAGGUGCCCAACAUGCUUCAGUCACUGUCACUGGCAGGCAGCUUUACACCUAGGGUCCGAGCCAGGUGCUGGGGGUUGCUUGCGGCCCACUCAGCUCUUGAGGUGGCGGCCCGCAACCCUUGCGUCACUGGGCCUCUGCUGCCCCCUGGGGCCUGCUACAGUGUCACUGGCUGGUGGCUGGAGUCAGGUGCUGGGGUUGCUUGUGGCCCACUCAGCUCCUGGGGCCGCGGCCCACAACCCUGGUGUCUCUAGGCUUCUGCUGCCCCCUGGUGCUGGAGCCCCGCAGCUGCCCCUCCUCUGCUCCUCGGCUCCACCUUCCUCUCUUCCUCCCUCCCUCCCAUAGAGGAGCUCAGAGACCAGCUGGCCGGCCACAGGGCAGGAAAGACACUUGGACACUGUCUGCCCUGGCCUGAGGGCCCUGUUCCACACUCCCUCACAAACGGCUCCUUCCUUCCUGUCUGCUCCUCCCGGGUAUAGAUCUGUACCCCGUCAAGGCUGGCUCUUCAAAUGCAAGAAAGUAGACCUCAGCGAGCUCUGCCCUGAGAUACACAAGCUGGGGGAGGGCAACACAACGCAGGCCCAGCCUCCCUCACGUGGUCCUGGGUUACGCAUGGCACCCAGGUGGCAUCUGUCCAGCAGCAGCUAUUCCUAGCGUGACCAUGGUGGCCUUCUCAGGUACUACACUAUGUGGAAAAGCCAAUGGGCACCCACUCAGAGCCACAUGCCUGUCCACGGGCAGCUCCUGCCCUGUGGUGACAGUGUCAGUGUGUGCUGUGAUGCAGGUGCCAUAGGCGAGACAGGAGCUUUAGACGACAGACGAUAAGUUCUCACUUAUAGAGGCCACUCAAAUGACCGACAGAAGCACCUUUUUAUACGGAUCAGUAUAUUUUUGUUCAUUAAACUGGCUGAUUACCCA